AUGCCCACCAAACAAAAAACAAAACCGUCAUCAUCAUCGUCCUCUAAAACGGAUAAGCUGGUCGAGUUGGAUGCUCUUGACCUGGGACCCACUACUGGUGGUUAUGGAGUGGAAAUCACUGGUGAAAAGAAAAAGAAGACUACUACAUCUUCUCAAAAAAAAAAGGGACCACCUGCACCCUCCGAGCAAGGUAUUGAAGUGCUCGGAAGGAAAUAUAGCAAGGUAGAGCUCAUUGGUAAAUUGUUGCAGUCGUCAGGAAUUCAAUGUAUUCCUAAAUCAAUUCUGAUGGAAAACGCAAAGAGAAUACUUCAACAAGACAAAUUCACGAGUCUAUUACAUGACUCGGAAGAACCAAUGAAAGAAAUUCACGGUUACAAGAUGGGAACUAGGGCUUUUGAAAUGUUGAGAGAACAUGUUGAUUAUGAAUUAACUAAUUUAAUGUACAUUGCAAAUGUUCUUACUGUUGCAAAAGGAAAAAUUACUAUUGGUGAAGGAGAAGUUCUUUUGGCUCGUCUUAUUCAAAAACAUCAACUGAGCUUGCAUGGCAACAAAGAGGGCACACAGAAGGCUUUAAUCAAAUGUCAAACACCAAAAUCAAGAGACACCAUUGUUCUUGGUCAAGAUGUGCACAUUGACAAGAUUGCAACAAUUUUAGAGGAGGCCAUUUCAAACAAACAUCACGAUCUUUCUGUUGGUGACUUGAACAGUCAUAGGGUCGAUGAACUGAGAAAGGCCAUCAAAAAUGCUGAACAGAAAUUGUAUAAUGAAGAUGGUACUAGAAAGGAGCCAAAGAAGAGAAAGAAGGAAGAAGUGAAAGAGGAAGAGGAAGAAGAACAAACUGAGAAAAAGAAGGAACCACAAACUAAAAAAACUAAAAAGUCAGAAAAAUCUGCUGAGGAAAAGGCAACUGAGAAGAAGAAAGAAAAGACAGAAAAACCUGCUGAGGAAAAGAAGGAGGAAAAGUCUGAGAAAAAGGAAAAAUCAGAAUCUCAAAAGAAAAAGUAA